GCCCAGUUGUCGAUUCUUUGAAAGUCCAUAUAUCCCUGCUCUGUUCCAACUGCAUACUUUUGUAGCUGCGCACACACUGUUUACUCUGUCAUUGCUUUGUUGAGUCUCCUGGGAGACGACAAGCUAUCUGUGUAGCUUCUUGCCCAAAAAGGCCAUCCAGCAUGUAACAAGUGUACCCUAACUGUGUACCGGCAAUGGGACCUAUAUCGUCCGAGCAGGCACAGUUGCCAGCAGCGUCCGGCGCCCUCUGCCUGGCGUUGUUCUGGACCAUGGCUACGGUUCUGGGCUCGGAGUUCCCACACCACCAUGGUUCUGGUGGAGCAGGCGGCGUGGUGGUCCUGUACCACAAGGAACCUCCGUUCUCCGGGGACAGGCGCUUCUCCAAAGGGAAGACGUCUCUUGUGCCGGCGGCGUCCAUCAUCCCGUCUGGUUUCGUGCACGGGAGGCCCUCGUGUGCGAGGGACCUGGACCUGUGCGUGUUCAACCACGACUACCCCAGUGAGAAAGUACAGGCAGUAGUGGACCGGUUCUACAACCACAUGUACGACCUGUACCACACGCUGUACAAGACGCCGCCGCACGAAGUCCAGUGGGUGGAGAACUACACGCUGGCGUUCGCCGCCGAGAAGCAGCACGGAAGCUUCGUGUGCCGCUCGGAGGCCGUGUACCUGCGCAUCGGCUGGGCCAAGAACUGGAAGGGCCUCUGGAUGACCGUCGUCAACACCGAGCGCUUUCCGCAGGUCACGCGCGUCGAGAAAUGCAAGUACCGAAACAAGCCAUGCGACUACAUGGUGCCCUGCUACAAGUCUUCGUGCAAGCAGCGCGAGAUGCUCUUCCCGCUCAUCGCAGUCAAUCCUUACGAUCCGGGCCAGAAACCCCUUAUCGACCUGUUUCCCAUUCCGAGCGGAUGCGUCUGCUACGUAGACGACUAUCGGUUCCACUAGGUGCCGCUAGGGGGCACUACGAACCUUGUUGUUUU